UUGUCACAUGCUCAAAUUAACCGCCACAGUUGGCCUUUUGGUGUUACGGGACCGUUGAAUUCGUCGUGAUAUUGUAUAUUGAAGACCGACACUUGUUCUUAGACAGGUCUAAAUAUGCUUGUGUUGGGAAAUGUUGUCUCCUAGCUUAAUGUCGACAGUCUUCUCUCAGAUAGAGUCCCUAGUUUUUUUUCGGAACAAAAAGAAUCACAAGACAAACCAGUCAGAGAUUAAUCAGAUAAUUAAACUUCAUACAUUGGAAACAGAACGCCACUUUGUACGCUGUUUAUUCUCUUCAGUUAAUUGUUUAAAUGAAAAUAAAUCCCCAAAAGACAUUUAUCAGGCUCAAUAUUUCAGUCAAGAACUCGGCAAGUUAUUGUCAAAGUCGAAUUUCGUGUCACUUGUUUGCUAUUCUAUAGAAAAUCCUCUGCCAACACACAAGAACAAUAGAUUAUUGUCGACAAGACUAUUUUCUCAAAUUACUCAAAUUUCAACACUUAAUCGUCUCCAAGAGGUGAUUCUUGGUCUUUCACUUACACAUUCAAAUGAUCCACAGCUUAGUGCUCAUGCAAAACAAUGGGUUCAUCAGAAACUACCAGAAUUGGUAACUACACAUCUUGCUGUGUAUGAUGUACAAACAACAAGUGGGAGUUCGUUAAAAUAUCUUCAAUCCAAGGCGGAGCCACAGACAACAAAUACUUCCAUAUCAAAACCUGUUCAAGAACAACCUUUAAAUACUGGAAGUUUACAUGAGAUCAGUACAGAUUUAUUACAUUUCAUCUUAAGUCAUCUAUACGAGGAUGUUGAACACUAUGGCCUUUCAGAUGAUAUACUACUCAAUUUUAUCAGUUCUUUACGUAAAGAAUAUCCUCGUAGUCGUUUGUCAUUAGUGCUCAAUACCUUAUUAUAUCCAGAUAUUAUCGGUUAUCCAUUUUUGAAAACCUGUCAAUUGGAAUUAAAUCUAAACAAUCCAAGUAAAGUUAUCGGUCAACUUGGUUCCCCUAUUAAAACUAAUUCUACAGUGAAUAAUGGAUUAACAACAACUACAUUAUCAUCAGUUUUCACAAAGUCUUCAAUAUGUGGUUGUGGACUGUCGUCAUCGUCAUCAAAUAAUCCUUAUUUGAUUGCAGAUCUUUUAGAAGAAUUAGGCUAUGAGUGUACAAAAACUCUAGAGUCAACCCGUUCAGUAUUGUGUAAUUUUGAUGUGGACGAUUUGAAUCCGUUAGCUAUUGCCAAGUGUUUAUGUUUAUUUCUUCGAACUACUGAUGGACAAUUGAAUAAAACAAACCGUAGUAACUCGAAUGAUAAUACUACAUUUUACAAUAAUACAAUAUUCCGUUAUGAUGAUAAUGAUAAACAAUGUGGUUCAGAAGAUAAACAGUCAGAUGAAUUAAAUACCCCAUCAGUAUUGUCGUCAUCAUGGAAUAUAGACAACUUUUUCACUGUUCUUUAUGAAUUAAAUCCAAAUAUACAACUAACUAUAAUUUUAAACGAAUUAGAUUGUUCAGAAUUUAUGAUAACAAGUCGUCAAUCUUUCCAUUUAUUUAAACAAUUUAUUUUCAAUCAUAAUCAAUUUCAUAUAUCAGCUGAUUAUUUCUAUCGUUCAUGGAACAAUUCACUUGGACAAUUAAGUUUACUUCAGUAUUGUUCUGUAUAUCCUGAUGUAAUUUGUCUUGCUUAUUGGCCACAUCGUUGUAUUGAUAUAAGUAUGUUGCAAAUAUCAUUUAAUGAAGAUGAACAGACAAGGAUACAAUUAUGGAAGAACAUUGAUUAUGUUCAAGCAUUAUUGAAUUUAUCCGAUAAAGGUUUAUACUCUGAUGUAUAUAAAUUGUUUAAACAAGUGUUUUUUCUAUAUCCAGAUAUUUUGACUGCUACAUUACUUGAAACGAAUUUUGGUACAUUACGUAAUGUAAUGCUUGGUCAUGCAUUUGUUUAUUUUUUAACAACUCGAAUUAAUUCACAUAUUCUUCUUCAAACAGCAUGGAAUGGUGGAAAGUUAAACCUACUAAACGGUACAGAUUUACAACAACAACGUCAUUUAUUCAUAGCUUCAUGUAUAGAGUAUACAGCUCAAUUGAUGACAUCUGACGGAUCAUUGGAACCCAGUACAUUAUCAUCAUCUACACAAAUUUCUGACAAUCAUCAACAUAUUUUAAAUAAUUCUAAUAAUAAUAGUAAUAAUCUAUCAGCAAAUUUUUCACAAUUCAUUGAAUUAUUAAUCAGUAUUAAUGAUGAUUCCAAUACACAUGGAUCAUCUGCUAUCUUACCUAUACUAUUAGGUACCACUGAAUGUUUAUCAAUUGCUGUAUCCAAUUUAUUAAAUCCAACUAAUUUGAUAUUAAAUCAUGAUAAUACUUUAAACAAUCUAUCAGAAUCAAUGAAUGACAAAUUCAUUGGUACAAUUAAUCGUUUACCUAUUCAUUUAUUAUUACCACCAAAUCAUGCAAUUGAUUUAACUUUAGUUUUAAUUGUAUCUAUGACAAAUGUAAUUCAUUCAAAUAAAACAACAACAACAACAACAACGAUUAAUAGUUUACAAAUAACUACUAAUUCAGAGAUCACUACUAAUACAUCUACUGCUGCAUUAGCAUCUAUUCAAACUUCAAUUAAAUCAUUUUUAUCACAAUGGUUUAUUGAACAUUUUCAUGAUAAAAUAACAGCGGAUCCUUUUGCACUGGGUGUUGUUGAUUAUUUACGUGCACAUUAUUCAUCACAUGUAGCCGCCACCAAUACAACUUUCAUUUCACGUAAUAAAUUAGCUUUACCUAUGGAAAUUCGUAAACCUUCACUUAGUUUAUUGACGCAUAUUAUACAAUCAGCACAAGCAGCUCUUAGGUAACCUUUUUAACUUUUACUUUGAUGUUGUUGUUUUUUUCAUGUAAAAAAUUCGUUUCUUUUGUACUAUAGUUAGUUAUAACAAGAACUGAACAAUUGAACAUCAAUUUGUUGAAUUAGGUUUGAGCUACACCUUAUACUGUAAAGACUAGUCGUAAUAUUAAAUCCCUUAUUUUUUUAAAAAAAACAUAUUAGGCGGACCCACUUGUUGCUAUCGGAUUAUCGAUUGUUGGAUGCAUCUCAUCACCAGGCCAUUGUUAUUGGCCACCUCAAGUCCUACUGUAUUCAACUAGUUCAAACAGUACUGGUGUGUGUGUGUGUAUGGAUUAUCCGGAACACCAUUUUCAUACUUGUGUAUGUGUAUGUACAGCAUAAAAAUUACUUGUCUCUUGCAUAAUCCCAGUCAAGUUAUUACAUCAUAUAGUAAUGAAAAGUAGUACUAAUGGGCGGUUUUUUGGCAAUUAUUUUGUCUUCUGUUUUAAAGUUAAUUAGUGCAUGAAAUUAUGUAAUCUUAUGUAAAUAGGUGGACAGUGAAUUUAAUGUGUAGAACUCAGUCUAUUCUCACUUUUGUUCAAGAUCAUCUAAUUUUAUUACAAUUCCAAAAUCCUCAUCUGGAAUUGAUCUCAGUCAAAAAAAGUAUUGGAAAUCAAUAAGCAAUUGAUAAUUUUUUCAUUUUAAGUUGAAACUCUUUAACAGUACAUAUUUACAACGCCCAACAUUUUGGUUCAUAUCUACAAGUCCUUAAAGUUUUGUGAGAAGAGAGUAUGAUGCCAUUCUAUCGGAACCUCAUUGGUUACACUUCUACAAUUUUAUUAGAUUAAGGUGUCAGACGUUCUGUUUAUGAUCAAAUACAACACACACACAUGAAAUAAAUCACGGUGAUUAGGUGGGUCCUUGUUAAGGUUCGCGCGAUAACUGCGAUCAAUGGUUGAAGACUUCGGUUAACUACUCAAAAUCUAGUCAUAAUGCAGUAGAUACAUUCACUCUAGAUCUUGGAUUUUAGUAUUCGUUCAUACAUUAUGUUUCGGGGGCCCCACAUACCCUGGUACGGCCGAGAGUGGGGAUAGUCCACUCUCCCUCUCGAAAUGCUCUCACAUAGCCACGCUUAUAUAGCCUCUGCCAGGGAAGUCCUACUCAUUGCCUUCUCGUGGCCGGGGUGUUGUUUACGCAAAUGAGAAGACGAAAAGCGAAUGCCCGGCGCUUUAACCGGAUCCCAAACCAAUGGUGCACAUGGGCUCCAGUAUCCUGCGGGAACAAAUGGCGUAUGAACCAAUCGUUGGUCACCGGCUACCAUGUGACUGCAUCUCCUUACAAUGCUCCACUGCCUUUUGGAUCGGACCUUCAGGUCGAAGGCUCAGGAUGUGGCCAUCUAAGAAAACCACCUGCUUCGGUUUGAGCACCCUGUCAGUAUCACAGCCCUCACAAAUAUCGAAUGAGAUUUGUGUGAUGCAUAUGUAUUUGGUGCCUCCUUGUACCAAUAUCUAUGUGUUGAAAUAAAUAAAAUACAUUAUGUUUUACCGAAGUAUAUCCUUAAGGUUUAAUCUUAGUCACUAUCACUACUAUUAUUAUUCGUUUUGUCAUAUGAAGAUAUGGUACGGCAACUUGAACACUAACAUUUGACUUUCUAUUGAUGAUAAUAUAACAUAAGCAUAUCUUCUAUAUUACUUCUAUUAUUUUGUUCAUUAUAUAAUUAAUUAAUUCUUUUUAAUGACGUCUUAUUGUAGAAUAUUCUCAUUGAUUAAAAUUAUUAUGUUUUUAUUUUUGCAAUUUCAUUCUACCAUUUGUACUACUUUACACAUUAAUGUAAUUAACCUAAUUCUUAUAUUUGUAUAAUGAGUUAGUCAGUACCAACGUAGAACUUCGUACGUACGUACAUCAGUUCGAGUUGCUACACCACAUUAGCACAGAGAUACAGUGGUCGAUUCAAAUCCCGUAGUGCUAGAUGUAGUAAGAUUAUAAACUGUAAUCAGAAAAAUUAGGGUUUGUAGAUGUUAUUCAAGGAGUAUAAUCCAGUGAAAUAAAUUUGGAAUGAAUAGUGAUUUAUUAUCAGAAUGGGUUUUGUGGAGAGUUUUAGAAAUUUCACAGGUUGAAAUAAUGAGUUAGUUGAAGCCCCGCGUGGUGCGGGAUCGUUGAUGCGCACUGCUGAGGAGUCCCAUACCAGGACGAAACGGCCGUCCAGUGCUUCCAGGUUUUCAAUCGUGGUCUAGCUUCAACUGACUCAUGAUUUCAACCUGUGGAAUAGUGAUUUAUAUUUAAAUGAAUAAUCUGAUCUUAUUUUGAAGCAUUUUAUUAUUGAAUAUAUGAUCGAAAUCUAAACAUAGAGAGUUUACAUAAGAUUUGUUAGUCAGUCAGUCAAUCAGCUCCAAUGUAGAACUAG